UCAAAGUGUUUUAAAAAGUUGCUCGAGAGGCGGCUGGCGCCAUUUGUGGGAAACUCGAACGCUGGCAGGUUUUAAAACGUUUUAAACAGCACGGGGAAUUAAACCCCACUUUUAUAUAGAAAAAAAACAAAAAAAAAAAACGUUAUUUUCAUUAUUAGAUUUAAUAAGCUAAGCAUCUCCUGAGUGAUCGCUGCUCGGAGCGGGUUAUUAGGAGCAACCACGUCCUGGAGAGAACCGACAGAGACCUACAAUAGAUUAAUGACAAUUUGCAUCACGUGUACCAAAAUGAAGUGUGGUUUUAAAAGUAAUCAAACGCCAACAAAGAUGUCUCCAAACAAAAUAAAUGCAGCCAAUGCUAAAUUGGAAGCCAGUCCACUGAAACAUGAACAAGACUCUUGUAAAAAAUUUGAACAAUCGCAAGGUUCCCAACCAGACAGUCCCCUUAAAGUAUCUCCAAGACGUUUGGACUUUGCUACAGAAAACAAACCUCUCUACAACAAAGAGAAUCAUUUGCAGAGGUCUAAAGAAGUUGAAACACAAAAUGUAGAAUUAAGUGAUUUACAAGACAGUGGUUACUCUUCCAUAUUACAUGACUCUCCAUACCAAAAUGACGAGGAUAUUAACUUCUUGAUUCCUCCACUGUGCGAGACACCAAAGCUCUCUUCACUACACAAAACAACUGUACAAGCCACAUCUGCAAGUUUAUUUCCAGUUAUUCACUUUGAGGAAGUGGUUUGUUCCACGUUAAAAAAAAGUUCAAAAAGAAGUCCAAAAAUAGAUUGGAAUCUUAUUGAUGAAGUAGUCUCAAGAGGAAACUUUGGGCUUGAGAACCUAAUUGGUAAAAAUAUGGGUUUGGAUCAAAUGGAUAUUCUUGGAGAACUUUUUAGGAGAGACUUUAAACAUAUACUUGCCAAAAUUCUAAGGCAUCUCAGUGCAAUUGACUUAAUAAAUGUCAUUAGUGUGAGUACAACAUGGAAAAAAAUCUUGCACAGAGACAGCAUGGCUUACAGCACUUAUAAAGCAGCAUGGAAAGAACUUUGUGAAAAAGAAGCAAAAUUUAGCAUGCAUACAGCAACACGUGAUUCUUCUCUUGGCCGUUUACCUCUUGCUUCAGUUCAAAAAAUAGCUAGCGCUUCUUGCUGUAUUAAGUCUACAAAAAAGUCAAGCAAGAAAUGCAAAGAUGCAGAGUCUUCAAACCGCAGACAUGCAGAAUUCAGUGAGAUUGCAAAAACCCUGAAAAAUGACCAGAGCCUUAAAGUGUGUAGAGACUGUGGAUCUCCUGCCAAAUAUGACUCUUAUCUUCAUAGAGCCAUUUGCACUAGAGAAAGCUGUAAAAGUGACUUUUGCACACUCUGUCUCUGUGACUAUCACUUUUCUACGAGCUGCACAAGUAACAAACCUCUGGCACAUCGAUAUUUAUCAGUACCUCUUCCUGGGAGUAAAAAGAGCAAACAGAACUUAAGGAGGCUUUAAAUGUUCUUAAAGAAUGAACUCCUAUUAACAUCCCAGUAGA